AUGAAUACGACAAGCAGUUUCACUAUCCUUCCGAAUGGAUUCGAUAAUUUGGUCAAUUCCAUCGAUUUAGUUAGUGCGACACUCACUGAUAAUUUGAACCAGUUAAGUAAGAUUCGUCAAACAUUAUUUACAUAUGACAGUGAAAAUUCGGAAGAUUACGUGACUAUUCUGCGGGAACAUGCAAAAUAUUUUAUUCAACAAAUAGAUGCAGUUGUAGAAACACUGAAAAGCUCACGUAACGACAUAGCAACUAGCCAUUUCUACGACAACUACACCAGGACAGAAUUAUCUACAAAUAGCUGGGACGUUGCGAUAUUGAAUUCCAAUAAAGGCAGAUCUGAUAAUAGCAACGAGAUUGGCAAGUCAGAUGAUGGAAGUGGUGAAAAAACGAGAGUGAAGUGUGAUCAGUUGCAUAGUGGUAUCAGUAGGAAAACUGAAGACUUUGAAGAUCUCGAAAUUAUGGAAGCAAAUGCUGGACAAGGCAAAAAUAAAGCAAGUAAUUCGGAAACGCUCGACAACGAUGAAAUAGUGGAAUUGGAUACUGAUAUCACUGAGGUUGUUGAUCGAUGUAAUUUAUCGGAGUCUUCUGUUCGAGAAAGUUUAGGACAAGAAACCUUUGAUGAAGAUGGAAAAACGGACGUGAAGGAAAAGCAUGUAGAUUUUACUGGUGCCAAAGAUUUCACCGAAGAAGAUUUGAAAGUUUUAAAACAAUAUAAUAUUUAUCCAUCAUAUAUCGAAGUGAUACAAUGUGAUAGGGAUCCAGAGCUGAGGGCAGUGAUCGAUUCUUUGCAGAAGAUUGCAUAUGAAGAAGCAGAUGAAGUGGUUAAUUCUGAUGGAUCAAGCUCUGAGGCUGAUUUUCUGUUGAGGACUGGUACCAUGUUACUUAGAAAUGAAGGACAGAAGAGAAGGAAUGACAAAUCACACGCACAUAAUAGUUCCGUAAAAACUGUUUUGAGUGGAAACGCUCAAGAAUACGAUUAUAUUGAGACGGAUCAUAGUGAAGAUGAUAUCAAAGAGGAGGAAUCUAAGGAAGACAAGGAAACGACGUCUCUAUCGGAAAUUAAACAUAAAAAACUUUAUGAUCGCGGUAUAAGCACCGAUGAACCGAAGCAAAAUGCAGCAACAACUAAGAAUAAAUGUAAUUCAAACAUGAAACUUGUUUGUGCCAAACAUGAAACUUUAAGUGAUGAUGAUGUACCGAAAAUGAGUGAUGACUUCAAAAAAGAUCGUCUUCUAAGCAAGCGUUUGGUGCUAAGUGAUAGUGAAGUGGAAUCAGUCAAUGGCGAAAAGAUGGGAAAAAAAGCGGAAGAAGGUACCAAAGAUGUCGAAGAGAAUAAAAGAAAAGGAAAUAGGAAGCGAAAACAAAUACAUUCUUCGGAUUCUGAAACUUCCUUUAAUACUUUGGAAUCAGAUACUGAUGAUAGCAUAAUUUCUGAAAUAAUUGAAGCUGACAGUGAUAUUGAACUGUCCAAUGUGAGUGAUGAGAAUGGUAGUAAGGCAUCGCGUAAAGAGCAAAAUACACGUGUAAAAUUGAAGCGAAAGCGUGUUCGCGUUGAUGAUGAUGGCGAAGACGAGGAGGAAAGAAAUGGUGACAACGUAUCAGAAGAUCUGGAUGAUGAUGAGAUGAACAGAAAAUUGUCAAACAAGAGAAGAACUCGGAAAAUUCUGGCUAAAGAACAGUUACAGAAGGAUACAAUCGACGCCGAACUGGCAGAAAAAGAACGGAGGAAACGUUUGGAAGCAAAACAGAAAGAAUUCAAUGGAAUUGAAUUGGCCGAUGGACCAGACUUAGCGACUGCACUAGGUUCUUCAUCACAACUGACGAAGCACCAACGUUUGAAAAGUGUUGUUCUCGAUCCUGAUAAAAAAAGCAAUCCACCAUGUCCGGUAUCCGUACAUCCAUCAUUGGUCGCUUUCCUGAAACCUCAUCAAGCUAAGGGUAUCCAAUUUUUGUAUGAUAGUUCUAUCGAAUCGCUACAACGAUUAGAGCAAGAUGGUGGUGGCGGUAUCCUUGCUCAUUGCAUGGGCUUGGGUAAAACAUUGCAGGUGAUCGCUUUCUUGCACACUGUAAUGAUGCAUCCAAAAUUGCGUGAUCAUCUCAAACGUAUCUUAAUCAUUGUGCCCAAAAAUGUUGUAUUAAACUGGUACAAUGAAUUCGAGAAAUGGCUUGAUAAUGAGAAUAUCGAUAAAGAUUUAGCCACGAUUAAUGUUAUGGAAUUGGACUCUUUAAAAGAUUAUACUAGCAGACGGGUAGCCCUACAAAAUUGGUUCGAAAAUGACAUACCGUCAGUAAUGAUUAUUGGUUAUGACAUGUUCAGGAUUUUAACACAAGACGAUGGCGAUAAGAUAAGUAUAACAGGCAAGAAAAGAGUUGAUGGAAUGAAGAAAACAACGAAGAAUAAAAGGUUGACCAAAUUGCAACCAGAUUUCCGAAAGUUCCUUCAGGAUCCUGGACCAGAUUUAAUUAUUUGUGACGAAGCUCAUAAAUUAAAAAAUGACGAUUCAGCUCUUGCAAAGACUAUGUUAAAAAUUCGUACAAAACGACGACUGUGCUUGACUGGAACACCACUUCAGAAUAAUCUUAUGGAAUAUCAUUGCAUGGUAAAUUUUGUCAAACCAGGGUUAUUGGGUACCAAAGCAGAAUUUGCAAAUCGUUUCGCAAAUAUCAUCAAUCGUGGAAGAACUAAAGAUGCGACACCAAUAGAAGUUCGUCGUAUGAAGAAACGUUGUCACGUUCUAUAUGAACAUCUCAAAAAUGUUGUUGAUGUACUGUCACUUCCACAUACUGAUGUCACGCGUAAGGAUUAUCGAGUAUUAACGGAAGCUAUUCCUCCAAAGCAAGAAUAUGUAGUGAAUGUUCGUUUGACGCCUCGCCAAGUCUCGCUGUAUCGUACAUUUCUUGAUGGUAUUGGUCCAGAAGGUAUACUAUUAAGUAAACGACUUCUUCCCGACUAUCACGUGCUAUCACGUAUUUGGACUCAUCCCUACCAGCUUGUUGCUCAUCAAAUUGAACUUGAGAAGAAGCGUCUUUGGGAGGAUGAUAAGGAUGAAAUGGCGGAUUUCAUAAAUGACGAUGAAAGCGAAACAUCAUCAGAUGUUGAUUCGGACGAUGACAUUAUUCCUUUAGAUGGCAAUGAUCAGCCUGAAACAAGCAAUAAACCCUCAGUACCAGCACGAAAGUCACGCCGACUGGCGGGCCAAGAUGCAGAGGAUGGGAAAGAAAUUAUGCCGGAAUACGAAGGAUGGUUUACUAAAACUGGUUUGGUCACAGAAACUGAUCGAAACGACUUUUCGCUUAGUAAUAAACUGGUGUUGUUGGUUGAAAUUAUUAAAAAAAGUGAAGAAAUUGGGGAUAAAUUGUUGGUAUUUUCACAAAGUAUUGAGUCAAUUUCCCUAAUUAAACGAAUGUUGCAAUAUAUGGAUGAGAAUGGUGCAUGGUUUACGGAUGGCCACGAAGCAAUGAAAGCAGCAAACGAAACUUGGGGUUGGAGAGAGGGUCGCGAUUAUAUGGUGAUCGAUGGGCAAGUGCAAACCAGCAAACGGCACGAAAUACAAACAAAAUUCAAUGAUCCAAACAAUUUGCGUUCCCGUUUAAUGCUUAUUUCUACGCGUGCUGGUUCACUGGGGACCAACAUGGUUGCUGCAAAUCGGGUUGUUAUCUUUGACGCUUGCUGGAAUCCAUCACAUGAUACACAGUCUUUGUUUCGUGUUUACAGGUUUGGACAGACAAAACCCGUGUACAUUUAUCGCUUCAUUGCUCAGGGAACGAUGGAAGAACGAAUAUAUAAACGUCAAGUUACGAAAGAGUCAACAUCGAUGCGUGUUGUAGAUGAAGCCCAAAUUGAACGGCAUUUCGCUGGUCAUGACUUACUGGAGUUGUAUAAGUUUGAUCCAGAUGAAUUGAAUGAUACACAAAAUGUACCAAAAAGGCCAUUGAUGGCACCGCCAAAAGAUCGCUUAUUGGCGGAUAUUAUUUUGUCGCACAGUGAUUGCAUUGUAAAUUACAUCCAGCAUGAUUCAUUGUUCAAGAAUUUGGAAGAAGAAAAACUUACUGAGCAGGAAUGUAAGGAAGCUUGGGAAGAUUACGAGCGCGAGAAAGUAAAUCCAAGUAAAGGAAUGUAUAGCAAUUUCAUGGAGCAAACACAGGCAAACAUAGUUUUAUUGCAUGAUCAAGCUAAUGAAGCUCUGCAGUCGAUUUUUACUGAUCCCGUUUAUAUGGCAGCAUUUCAGCUGAGAGCCAUGGAUGGUGAUACAGCUCAGAAAGUCACUUUUAUUAAAAGAAGUUUGGAUGCAUUAUUGCCGAAGAUUCCAAUACAAUUGCGUGGUGGGAUGAAUGAAUUUACGACUUACUUUUUGGCCAUGAUAAACGAAGGACUGAAAACUGCCGAAAGUGGAGAUUGGUUAUACAGCAAAACAGUUAGCAUUUUUCGGACGGUUGUUUCAAUGGUGAAAAAUGAGCCGCAAUGUAUACCUGUACUUCAAUAUCUUUAUCGUACUGCGCCACAGAUAUUUGACCCAAAUGAAUCUGGUGCUUUUUAUAUGUAA